AUGCAAGGCAUUAAAAUAGCAGUUGACACGAUAAGGUUGAACCUCUUGAACAUAGGCCUGGGACUUGCACCAGAAAAAACUGAUAUCUUGAUCUUUUCUUCUCCUACCAUUCCACCAAAUUCGGUUAGCAUUGAUUUGGGAGAUGUGUUCAUAUCAAACAAAGCUCAGACCAAAUUUCUUGGUAUUUAUAUAGAUAAUCAAUUAACAUUCAGUAAACAUAUACAGUACCUGGAAACACAAUGUAGCAGUGUCUGCAACAUUAUUCGAUAUUUGAGAGGGGUUUGGUGGGGCUGUGACCCACAAACUCUUAUCUCUAUAUACAAGGCUCUUAUCAGAUCCAGAGUAGAGUAUGGUAUUGGUUGGUAUUUUCCACUCACUAAACACCUCACUCAACGGCUUGAAAGGAUACAGACAUCAGCUCUUAAGAUAGCGUUGGGCUUGAGAUCCUCUACUCCAUCCAAUGUGGUACUGGCGGAAGCCAAAAUUCCAAGGCUUGUGGAUAGAGCCAGAUUAUAUGGCUGUAAAACAAUUCUUAAUUUGUGUACAAACAUGUCAAACCCCUUAAUCAACGAGCUAGAAGAGUUAUUAAGUUAUUAUACAAGACAGCCUAAUCAACAAAAGUCCAGAAAGUAUAACAGAAUAAUACUUCAAAGUUGGGAAAGUAUCAAACCAUUAAUUCAGUCUGUGGAGAUAAAUGACUCCUUACCACACUAUGAUUCAACAAUAGAAACUCAAUUACUCAAAAUUGAUAUGGACAUUUGUUCCGGUAUGAAGAUCAAAGACUCGCCUAUACCAGUAUUGGAGUUUACUGAGCUGAUCAUGGAGAGAUACCCACACCAUACCCUAAUUUUUACAGAUGGGUCCAAGAUGCUAGAUGCGUCAGCGGUAGGAGCUGCAUGUGUCAUGCCAGCUUCAAAUUCCAAAUUUCUAAUGAGCUUAAGUAACCAGGCUUCCAUAUAUACAGCUGAAUGUGCAGCUCUUUGUAUGGCAGUGGAGCAAUCAUUACAAGAUAAAUCCCAGAAAUACCUAAUCUGCACAGAUUCCUUAUCAGCCUUACAAGCUAUUAAUGGAAAGUUUUUUGGAAAAAACACAAAUCAAUACAUUAGAAAAAUUAAAACCUAUCUAGCAGAAAAUACUUCACAGCAGUCAAUGUGCCCUAUUAACUUUAUGUGGGUGCCUUCACAUCAAGGUAUACCAGGAAAUGAAAUAGCAGAUGCUGCAGCUAAGGAAGCAACAAAAAAUAUGCCAGAACUGCAAGAGAAAUUGCCUUACUCUGAUAUUGUCAGCCUGCUGAAACAGGAGAUGUGGAGACACAGCGAGGAAGCAUGGCUGUUUGAGGCGAAGAAUAAAGGGACCAAAUAUUUCGAUACCUUUUUUGAAAGAAGGCAAAAACCAGGGUUCUAUGGACAUGACCUCCCUAGAUAUAUCACAUCUUGGGUUACGAGAUAUAGAGUAAAUCAUUAUAAUUUAAAAGCCUCACUGGCAAGAUUGAGAAUUAUCUCUGACAGUAAUUGUGAUUGUGGAUAUUCCUGUCAAGAUCUCAACCACAUUUUAUGGGACUGUCCGUUAUUAACCAGGCAGCGAGAUAAAAUGCUAUCGGCGUUAGCCAAGCAUCGAUGGAAACAGCCGCUAAGGAUUGAACCAUUCCUCCAAGGGCCUAAUAUAUCGGGGAUAAAAAUUAUUACUGCAUUUCUCAAGGAGUGCAACUUGCAACCAUAG